UGUGGGUAGCAGCCGGCCGAGGCGCAUGCGCGGGCUCAGCAUGGCGGCCCGAGUCGUCCUCGCGGCCUGCGUCCGCCGCUGCCUCGUCCGCCCGGCUCCCGCCCGGCCCGUCCUCGGCGCCGCCGCCGCCCUCCUCCUCCGGCCGCCUCCCCCGGCCUCAGCCAGGCCCGGCCCGGCGCGGGUCCCCCAGCUGUGCCGCCAUUUCUCCGACCUGCCUCCACUCACUUUGGAGGGUAUCAAGGACCGUGUCUUGUACGUGCUGAAGCUGUAUGACAAAAUAGACCCCGAGAAGCUGACAGCUGAUUCCCACUUCAUGAAGGACCUGGGCUUGGACAGUCUCGACCAAGUGGAGAUUAUCAUGGCUAUGGAGGACGAGUUUGGCUUUGAAAUCCCCGAUGUGGAAGCGGAGAAGCUGAUGUGUCCGCAAGAGAUUGUCGAUUACAUAGCCGAUAAGAAAGAUGUGUACGAAUAAGCCCUUGUCAAGCUGAGCAGAUCUGUUUCUUCCUGAAGACGUGGGGGUUGCUUGCAGGAAUGGGGCGCUGGUGAGCAAAGGGCUCCCACCAACCCCACCUGCUCUCCGACGGCUAGUCGUCAGUGGUUGUAUUUAAAGCUGUAUAAAUAUCUAUGUUGUCCUUCAGAAUAAAAUCUAAACCCAG